AUGGACACAGUGGAUGGGUAUCAUAAUGGAGAUUUUGAGUCUCAGCACCCGAACAGUGUGGAUCAUGAGCCGCCGGCCUGUCGAUAUUCACAGGUACCGUAUCCAGAAUCAUACAGUAACGCAGAGCUCACCUGUCAGGAGAAAGACUUUGCACCCUACGAGCUGCCAUCGUGUCAGCAUGCGAACUCCCCAAAGUAUCAAAGGAUGGAAGACCACCUGGCUGAUGGGUACCAUUUGAGGAGAGACGAGACUGCGCCUCACAUGGCCUUUGCGUGGAUGAGAGCCUCAAGAUCUCAAACCUGCCAGACACCAGGUGGUUUUCUCUGUGAUGACCUGGAUGAGCAGAAGCGGAGCCGCACAGCAUACAGCAGGUCACAGCUGCUGGAGUUGGAGAAAGAGUUUCUCUUCAACAGAUACAUCUCUAGGCCACGGAGGUAUGAACUGGCCACUAGCCUUAACCUCACUGAGCGCCACAUUAAAAUCUGGUUUCAAAACAGGCGUAUGAAGUGGAAAAAGGAGGAGGCGAAAAAACACAGAGGCUCCCAUUGCCAAGAGCUCCAGGUAGAAGGGGUCAACACAUAA